CAUUUUUCUCAUUCAGGCAUAUCGCAAACACCUUUCCAUCAAUUCCUUUCCUUUUAGACACCAACAUGGCCAGACCACAACAGCGAUAUCGAGGCGUCCGCCAAAGGCAUUGGGGCUCUUGGGUCUCCGAGAUUCGCCACCCUCUACUGAAGACAAGAAUUUGGCUAGGAACAUUUGAAACGGCGGAAGACGCGGCACGGGCGUAUGACGAAGCGGCAAGGCUAAUGUGCGGCCCAAGAGCGCGGACCAACUUCCCUUACAACCCAAAUGCGCCGCAGUCGUCGUCGUCGAAGCUUCUCUCAGCCACUUUGACGGCUAAACUGCAUAGGUGCUACAUGGCUUCACUGCAAAUGACAAAACCGUCGCUGCAACUGCAAGAGCCUCAAAACGCGCCAUUGCCGCGCGCUAACUCAACCGGCUGCACUGCCGGGAAAGCCGCUGAAAUGGGUGGCCGAUCGCCGGACAAGACGCUGGUGAAUGAGCAAGAAACGGAGGCCAAUUGGGUUGUCAAGAAAGUUCAAGUGGAAAGCAGCCAGCAGUUCAAGCCUCUUGAAGAUGAUCACAUUGAGCAGAUGAUUCAAGAGUUAAUUCAUUAUGGGUCUAUCGAGCUUUGCUCUGUUUUCCCACCUCAGGCUCUGUAACUUCCUCCUCAGUCUCAGCCUCUAUUGCUCUGCUGCCAAUGCCACUCUUUCUGAUAUUUAACCCAUUUUUCUCAGCACUUUUUAGACCGCCACUCUCUCAUUUAGAUCCUCUCUAGGUCCUAGAACUAGCUUCUAAGUGACCCAAUUGAAGAUGCUGCUACUGCUAUUUGUACAGUCAAUUGUGUUGUAAUGUAUGACAUUAGUCUAUGCUUUUGAUGUCUUUGUUUC